CGGCGCUCGAGGGUGACGGACGAGUACGCUACGCCGUAGCGCCGCCCGGUCGUGAUGUUGUGCUCUGUAGCGCUUUUAGCGAUCGCGCUUUGCGCUUCUGCCCAAGGACGUGCGGUAAACAUCAGCAACACAUGGGUGCUGCCUGAGGAGGGCUUCCCUGUGUUCUACCGCUACUUCAGGGACCGCAUCUCUUGGUACGAGGCUGACGCCGUCUGCCAGUUCCACCAUGCAAACCUCGUCACAGUGGACACUACGGCUCAGUACGACGCGGUGCGGGCGUACCUCAAGGAGCUGGACAUCUCUAGCGCGGUGUGGGUGGGCCUGAUCCGCAGCAACCCCGACGGGGACUUCACUUGGACUGAUUACCGAGGUCUCGGAGGCGAUGGCUACUGGAGCUCCGCGCCGGACCCGCGGGCGGCGCCGCUGUGCGCAGCCGCCGACCCCGCUGCGGACUACCGCUGGGAGGCCAGGGCUUGUGGUGGACCCACUGUCGCAUCUUUCAUCUGUGAACUGCCUGUACCGCAAUGGGCGCUCGGAAACGAAGGAUGCAUGGUGAAAGCUUUGCCAGCGCUGACUGUACUGUACUUGCCUGAGAGCGCUGCUGUACAACUAAACGCCGAUUGUGGCUUGGCUGGUGUCAAGAGAGUCCAAUGCACUGGGAACGUGAAACGUGAAGACCUUUUAAGAGAUUUGUCGUGUGCUGAAGAAGAUGAACCUUCCAGUACCGUGGGCUUGGUCCCCACGGGCGCCACUUCCACCGUAACCUCCGAAAACUUGUUUACUGAUCAAGAUCUUAACGAAGUAACUACGGAAGAAAACACAACCACUGAGCACGAGGAUGAUAUUAACCAAUCCAGCACUAUAAAACCAACUCUGCUGACAUUUAAUAAUCCAUCUUUGGUAGAUCAGUCUAAACAAGAAAAAAUUAACAAAAAUAACCACAUUUAUAUCCAGAAGAAUAUUAAUUUAGAUGCUACGUUCAGGGAUAAUAUGCUGAGUAAUGAUAUACCAAAAUUAGGUAGUGAUAAUUCUCUUUCCAGUGACAUAGAAAAAUUAGAGGAUGAUAAGCACUCACAACAUAAAUUGUUACACGAUGAAUUUGCCAGACAUGGCAACUUCGAAACAAUAUUCACUCAACCCACUGAUCAUUUUGUACCACCUCUAGUUAUGGCCAAAGCAAAAAUUAGCGAUGAUAUGACCGUUUUAUCUCUGGAAGAGAAACAUGCACAACAACUCGCAGAACAACGUUAUUCUAAACAUUUGCACCCACAAGUUCUGGCAUCGGAAGUUGAACCCACUGAAUCAAAAGUUAUUGUAAAUAAACUAAAAAUUGAUGAUGUAACCGAUAAACCCAUAAUUACUACAGCAUAUUCAAGUACAUUAAAAGAAGAGGUAAAACAGAAUUUAGUCAAAACUAUUAUCCCAAAGAAGUAUAACGAUAAAUAUUACGGCCUUAAGGUCAAAAAUUUAAAAGCUAUGGAAACAAAACCAAGUAAAACAGAAAAAAUAGCAGAUACCAAUUCAACUUUAACAACGGAAAGUAGGCCAAAAGAUGAUGAAGUGAGAACAAAGUACACGACUAGUGCUUAUAGCGAUAAUGAAUCGGAAGAAGAACCGACGAUCGAUCUAACUGUGAUAAUUAAGGAACCUGAACUUAAAAACAAUGGUAAUUUUAAUAACCAUUCCAGUGAAAUUCCAAAAAUUGAAAUAAUACAAAAUGACAGUUCUGUAAGUGAACCAGAAGUUAAAUUGACAAAUCCCGAAAAUUCUGAAGGGCAAAUAGAGCAAGAAAUUUCAGUGAAAAUACCAACAAAAUCUGGUCAUAAUGUAACAUUGACUCACGAAGUAAUAAAAAUAACAAUAGUAAAGGAAGAGAAUUCUAGUGAAGUACCAUUGGUUUUUGAAGUCACAACGAAAGUACCAGUGUUUGAAGAUGAUAAUGCCGAAACUUCAACACCGACAAUCAAAAGCAGCCCGAAAGAGAAUCAAACACCAACGAGCAGUCCUAUAACAGCCGAUAUAUCGUCUACAAAACUCACACCAGAAACCACUGCAGAAAGUGUUGUAACAACGCCAUUACGUGAUUUAGUAUUGAGCACAUUUAAACCGACUCCAGGCAAUGUAUUGAAUGAUAAGUUGACUAUCAAAACUGACUUAUCUACGACCUCUGUAAGUCCUAUCCACAUAACUACGAUGACAAAUGAGAACAUAACCGCGGACAUUGGGAGAAGCAAUGAAACGGAAUUUGAACUGACAAGCACUUCAAUUCCUUCUAUCAAAGACAUUGAUGAAACCGAGACAGAGCCUGAAGAUAUGUUGGAAACUAAUACCACAGACACUUCACAAACUAUUGACGACUUCCAAUCCCCGCUUUUAUCGGCUGCUAAUGAGCCCAUACAUCGACCCAGCCGGUCUCGGAGACCGCAAACACCACCCAAUCGGAAUAAAUUUAACCCUUUCCGUAUACUAGGUUAAGCACAUCACAAUUUACACACGUACUUUGACUGCCAUAGAGGAAUUCGAUUAAUAUUGACUGAAACUACAACAUCUAAUUGAAUUAGAAUGGUAGGUCAUGGUCACUUAUUUGUGAUGGCACAGUGCACUUAGCUGAUACCCGACAUGCGCUGUCAGUCAUAUAAAGCGCAUUAUGUUCACUACAUAGUUACAUUUAUUGUCUUACAUGCACAUCAUAGUUUGAUAUGAAUUUAAUGUAUGAAGUAGUUAGGUAUUGAUUUUAUUAAUGUGAUUAAUUAACGCUUGUUUACAACAGACGCUUCGAUUACAUACUCAGUAGAUAUAAAAUAGACAAAAGUAACUUAGUCAAUUCGUAUUAAUAGCAUAGCUAUAUCUUACGUAAGACACACACACACAUAAUAUUAAUUUAAAACUUAAUUAUUAUAACGGUAAAUUAUACAGACUUUUACAUGUUUGCCAAAUACAUCUUUGAGGUAUUAGAGAAAUAAACACCAUAGAUUUUGAUGUCGGAAAUAGCAUCAUUAACACUAGAUAAUAAUUUAUUCAUAAACUAUUCACAAUCCAUAUCAUUUUAAUGUAAGAAUGUAACAUUUAAUGGAAUUUAUUUUUAUGAUAUUUAUAUUUUUGAGGAAAGAGAUUACGCUGGAGGAGAGACGGUAAUAAAUUGAUAGAGGUAACAAUUUAUGUAAAAUGUAAUGACAGCGGAAGAGGCGAGUAGUUUUCGUGUUAUUGAUAUUUUAU